AGUUUUGUUUUGAGCUUUUUGAACGGAAAAGAACCCAACGAGAUUUGGGCUUGCGACGGACGAUAAGCAUUCACCAAGGACAGCGACGAGUAGGGAAAGAGGCGAUUGCAAGCUGGUGUGGAGGCUACAAUAACAUUUGCUAGCCCGUCUUUGGUCCUUUACUCUUGGUGCUUGGCUUCCGGGUUGACGGAAUGCUUCAAGAAAUACAAGCAACGCUGACGUGGGCCAUCCCAAACUUUCGUCGCCAAACGAACAAAAUAACAUCUCCAGUGUUUGGUCCAUCGUCAUGUACAUGGGAACUCUCUCUAUAUCCGGAAGGACAUGGGCAAACAAGGGAUACACAUAUGGGGCUAUUUCUUGAUGUUGUUAAAACAGAGCACGAGAAAACUCAUGGCGAUAGUUGGUCACGCCCCAUAAGUUCCUUUCGGCUAUCGGUCAUGAGAAGAGACAGCCGAACACCUGUAGUUGUCAAAGAACGAGAACCCAGUGGCCAGGAAGGAUUUGGCAAAGGAUUCAGUCAUCCGAGAAGUUGGGGGUGGGCGGCUUUGUUCCCUCUUAACAGAUUGGCAGAGGCAGCAACUGCGGACGGAACGCUGGUGGUUCAUGCCGAAGUCGUAUGGCAACAGCGUGCGGAGCUGGUCGGAUUAUUGGACGCACAGGCCAAGAUUGUUCCAAGUUCAGGUGGCCUUCUCUUCAACUGGCGACUGGCAGAUGUGAAGUUUGUUGUCCUUCAACAACAGGAGCGCGAAGACGAUGGAGAUUAUAAUGAGGUGGACGAAGGAAAGGAAGAGGUGGAAGACACAUAUGAAAACAUGAAACCAGCCGUAAAAACAGAAGAGGAAAGCUCUGCAAACAUGGAUGAGGAUGACGAGUCAGCCACCGAAUCACCCGAGACUCCUUACCCAGAGGAAAUUGUUCCGAGUCCUACCGAUGACUCGCGUACAGAACUUGAGGAGCAGGCCGUCAAACUUAAGCUCACCAUGCACCGGCCCUCUUCAACCACAUCUUCAACUGCUUCCCUUCCAACCCUCCCUAGCGCCAGUCAUCCACAAACGGUGAUACCAGCCCAUCGUGCGAUCCUGGCCUCCCGAUCAGAUUACUUUGCCGCCAUGUUCUCUUCUGGUCUCCGUGAGGCUGGGGGUUCAGAUUUCUCUCAGCCUUCUGUGGUUGAGAUCCGCGAUUUCUCAGCAUUUGCGGUCCGGGCGAUGCUUGAAUUUCUCUAUACCGGUCGUCUUGUGUCACCACCAACUGACCUAACCGCGCGUUCAGAACUGAUACGUCUCGCCGACAGAUACCAGCUUCCUGGGUUACACAACUAUGUUGGUGCGAUUAUCUUGGAGAAGGAUAUGAAUCUCGAUGUUGCAUUAGAAGUGCUGGAGCUAGCUGAUGUCUACUCCAGCGCGAGCGGGGAGCUGAAAUUGGCAUGUCUCGGUUAUGUGCGGGAAAAUAUUGGCAAGUUGAAGGGGAGGGAUUCUUUCAAGGAGUGGGUUCGUUCGACGGAAAGGAGGGACCUGCUAGUGGAAUUGUUCUCUUUGAUGUGAUUGUGGGUAUUGGUGGGCGUGCUUUUCGCGCUAGUGUAUCGUGUAUAGAAUCCCUGGCUGGAAUGUUUUUUUACAUCAGAGUUUGGGGGGCCAAGUCAGGAUAUCAUUUGCUUUCCCAAGGAUUUGCGGACUGGCCUUUAUUGUAACAUAGUUGAAGCGUUGUACCUCUUGUAUACAGAAUAAUGAGACAAUUUGAGAAUGGCAAUA